AUGAUUUGCUGUGAGAAUCCUCCACUGAGCAUCUGCACAGGUGAUAAAAGGCAGCAGUGUUAUCUAGUCCUGACAAUGGAUGACAUUGAAAGAGAGAUAGCGCCUCUUGAAGACCCAGAUGAUGAUAAUGACGACGACGACGACUUCUCAGAAGACAAUUCCUCAAAGAAAUCAAAGCUCCCUCUGGUUAAUCCCACGUGUGUCGAGUCACCCAAGGAAACUGGUUUUCAUCAGAGUACCAGAACGUGUCUGGAGCGGAUUAGAGAAGCGCUGCUGCAUCAUAGGUGGCAAGAGGCCUCUGAAUAUAUGGCGUGUUACCCACAGAUGUUAGAAGACCCGACCAAUGGGACAGCUCAGCACUAUAAAGAGCUUAUUUGGAGGCUCAGCACUGAGAUCCUUCAUCAUCACCCCAACUCAAAGAUGGAAGACUACAACAACAUCUACGAACGCAUGAAGAACUCGGGAGUUAGACAUUAUCUGAUGAUCUGCCUGGAACAUUCCUUCCACUUGAUGCUUAAUGGUCACAUCGAGGAUGCGAAGCGUCAGCUGUCUGUUGCUGAAAGUUGGAGGCACGGGAAAGAGUCGGCCUCUCAACUUCAGACGACUAAACUGAUCCAGGCCUACAGGAGUUUACUGGAUUACAUCAUCUGGUGUGACAAAAAGUCUACACUCUCUGACGGUGACCACAACCAAGACAUGCACAACUACUUCAGACAGGCGUCGGUGAAUCUUAAGGAGAUUUUGAGAAAUCCUGGAGUUUGGGAUCCCUUCAUACUGAGUUACGUUGAGAUGUUGGAAUUCUACGAGGAUCACUCGCAAGCUUUACAAAUCCUGAACGACUACGCGUAUGACAGCAAUUUCCCCCCCAAUCCAAAUGCACAUGUCUAUCUGUACCAGUACUUAAAGAGGCAUGAUUGCCCAGACAAGAAGAUGAGCAAGGGAGCAUUAAAGAUGCUCCAUUUAUUAGUCCCAAGCCAUGAGCUGAUGUUGGAGUACAGUUCUUUUCUGCUUCAGUCAGAAAAACCGGACAUCCAGAAAGCUUUCGGUGUCAUUCUGGAAAUGUUGGACUUUGCCUGUUGGAGGGACAACCUGGACGUUUGGAAGCAUUUAAAAACCAUUAUUCAAAAACUACAGCUACAAGAAGACUGGAAGAACGCUGUCUCUGAACUCAUGGCUGUGAGAAAAGACUGGUGGCCUGCGCUGCACUUCACAACCUUCCACGCCAGCAGAGACUCUGCGGAGAAUCCAGAGCUCAUGGAAGUGAAGGCAUCACUGACAAAGAUCCUUUGUCCUGACCUUAAUCUGAAGUAUGCAGCUGGGACAAGUUGAGAGCCGACAUAAGAAAAGGAUUCAAACUGAAUAUCAAACAAUGUCUCUACAAUUCACAAUCGGGAAAUGGUGCUGAGACGUUGUUGGAAAACAAAUGAAGAACACCAGCAGAGGCAUCUUAAUGAAGCAGUCUCCACGAAGGCACUUUUUAAUGUUCAUCUUUCUGAUUUACUCUUAAUGGUCAUGCAGACACAGAUGUGAUACCAACUCAAAAACAAAAUCUCAACAUUUUUCCCAUUAAUUUGGAUAAUUGUGCCUUGAGCGUUAUUACCAAGUCACAAACUACAUUGUCCACUAUGUGGAGCUCUUGUUCUGUUGUGUUACAGUCUGUUGCUGUAGGGUAUGACCAACACAUUUGGACAGAGUGUUGCUCUAAAUGUCAGCUUUCAUGUUGGCUUCAUGGUUUCUAUAAACAUUUUAAUGGGAGCAGAGUCUCUUCUGCCCUGAGCUGACCUUUUACCCCUCCACGGAGGGUUUUUUAAGGGCACAGGCUUGUGUACACAACACACAGCCUGAGGAUUUCCUCCAUUGUCAUAUCAGAAAAAUCAACUAAGACCUUUCAGCAACGAGAUCUGUUGAAGUUUAAGCGAGUGGGACAAACCGUGGACAAGAAGAUGCUGCAAAUAUCUUUGAACUAUUCCAUUUCUACGGGUUGUUUUCUUUCCCUCUAAUGUUUAAGUAGCCAUCAAUGGAUGGAUUUGUUGUUAGUUUUUAUGUUGCUGAUAUUAUUAUUCGUUUUCAUAAAGCUCUGACAUUACGAGGUGCGUUGUUGUAAAUAUUUUUGUAAAUUUGAAUACAAUCUGUCUAUUUUAUAUUCACGUUUUGUUUCUAAUAAGAUGAGGGGAUUCCGGCCUCUCAUCACUGUGCUUUGCUCUCCUUUGAACCAGAAAAUAAAGUCUUGCAUCCAG